AUGACUGAAGAGAAACAAUUGAAAGAGUGGGAAGAGAGGCAAAGACAAGAAAGUUUAUCCACCACUAUGCAGAUGAUUUGGCAGAUGAUCAAGGAUGAUCUCCAGAAAGUACAAAAGAGAGACAAAAGACGAAGGUUGGCGCAAAUUGCGGAGAUCAAGGCGCUAGAGGCAAAAAAAUAUGGAAAGCGCGAUAGUGAUGCAAGUGCCACCGAAGAGAAAAAGCCAGUUUUUGUUGUUCAUAAUGUCAGUGAUAUUUCCACUACAGAUUCAGACGAAGCUGCAUCUGAACUAAAACCGUCACUUGAGGAUUUUCGCGAUGAUGAGAUUCUUGGGAUUAAUGAAAAAAAAUUGUCUCAAAAGACCGAUUCCGAAGCGGAGUCAGUUGAAGAUGAAGAGGAAAAGGGGUCUGAUGAAGAGGAAGAGUCUGAUAAGGAGGAAGAGUCUGAUGAAGAGGAAGAGUGUGAUGAAGAAGAAGAGUGUAAUGAGGAGGAAGAGUGUUCUAAGAAAUGGGAAUCUGAUGAUUCCGAUUCCGAGUGA